UGCUUUCCUCUUACAAAAUAUGGAUGCUAAUAAUGUCUCAACGAGAGUGAGGAGGCCAUUGCUCAACCCGACAACCUCUUUUCAACGCGAGUCCUUGUCCGACCACUUGCGAACCGUUAGGCAUGUUAGCGACAACACCGUCAAAGGAAAUGACCUUAAUCCCGAUGAAGGAAAUCAAAUCUUAUGUAAGGCGUGUGCAUUCCCCAUCUUCUCUACUCCAUGUGCAUAUAAGAACGACAACAAGGGCGAGGGCGAGGGUGAUUAUUAUCACAAUAGCUGCGCUAAUCUCCCCGACUCUUUAAAAGGGCAUCCUUUGCACGUCAAACCACUUCUCUUGAAAAAACAUUAUGAUCAACUCUUCUCUCCUAAUUGCAAGAGUUGCGACAGAAAAUGCGAGGGAUUUAUCUACAAAUGCCCCGAGCCCGAGCCUUAUUGUGAUUUUUUUAUCGAUGUGUUGUGUGCUUCGACAAUCACAAUUGUGCAUAGAAGCCACCAACAUGAAUUAGUCCCUUUCAUCGCGGGGGAUACUAAUUUCUUGUUCACUUGCGGUGCUUGUGGAUCGAAGCAUGACAAGGUUGAGUACUAUUGGUGCAAGUUUUGUAAUUUUUACCUCCAUUGGGAUUGCGCGCUGCUGCCUAAUACGAUUCUACAUGAGAAACACGGCGUACAAGAUGGCGAUGGCGAUGGCGACGGCGACGGCGACGACAAACACCAUGCUCUUGUUCUUACUUACAUUCUUCCCAGGGAGUCGUUGAAAUUCCAAAAGCUUGGCACUUGUUUUAUUUGCAAUGAUCAAGAAAAUCUGUUGUCGUCCAUCGAAUGUGGAAUAUAUUUUUGCACAAGGUGUGAAUAUGCUGCUCACAUCAAAUGUGCAACUUCGGAUCCUGCUAAAUAUCGUCGAGUACAAAGCAAAGAUGCAGCCCGAAGUCUUAUUCAUUUGCCAAUGCCGGACGAGACUACAACCUUAAUGUACACUCUCUUAAAAACCACAAGUAACAAUGCCGCCGCCGCCGCCGCGGCAGAAGAAGGAAGCACGGUGUCGUCGUCGAUGGAAAAGAAAAUCUACGGUUACGAUUUGAUCCUUCACGACGACGAAAAUGGUGAUGUCGAAAGCCUUUGUAAGUCUUCUUCCUCGUGUAAUGCUUGCAUCGAACCCAUACUAUCGAAUCCAUUUUAUAGUUGCCCUCAAUAUCGAAACGAUUUCUACCUCCACGCUUGUUGCGCAAAUCUACCUUCCGAGUAUCAACAUCCGGCGCAUGGAAUGUAUUCCCCGGAUUGCAAAGGAAAGCCCCUUGUUCUUGUAACCGGAUUAUCGGGCAAUUUCCUUUCUUUGUUUCAAUGCUUAGGUUGCUCGCAACCGUGCAAUGGAUUCGCCUAUUUUUGUAAGGCUUGUUAUUUCAUUUUGGACGUCAAGUGCGCUUCGUUGCCGGAAGCCAUCACUUAUGAGAGACAUGGGAAGUCGCACAUUCUUUUCUUGUCGUAUCCAUUCGCUCGAUACGAUGUUCCCACUCAUAUAUGCCAAUGUUGCAACUAUUUCAUCGGGAGCUUAUUCUAUACUUGUUGCACUUGUCCUAAUUUCACGUUGCACGCUCGUUGUGCUCUUCUUCCAUCGAGUGUUUCGCACAAAUUUGAUAAGCAUCGAUUAGAGCUAGCUUCGACAUCCGGAUUUCUAACUGAUUCCAAAGUCGAUGUCGAUAGAGAUUUUUGUGAGAUUUGUGAAAUGGGCAUCGAUACCUACACGGAUAGUUGGUUCUAUCAUUGCGAAGAAUGUAACACAUUAUUCCACAUAAUGUGCAUUCCUUGUGUUGGAUGGUUUUCGAAGAUCAAAUUCGGAGGGACUCUUCGUGUUCGCUCCCAUGGUUGUCCCGUCACUUGUAUUCGGAUACUCACUAACUACCAAUACCCGUGUUGUAGAUGCGGAUACAUCAUUAAGUGCCGGGAAGAAGAUGGCAUCGCCUUCGAAUGCACUAAUAAGUGUUCCGUUUGGUUAUGCUACGAUUGUGCCGAAGCGACUUGGAUUCGCUCAUGAGUCGAUGAUCGGAUCGGUUUCAAUCGAGAAUCUCUUCUUAUUAUUUCUCUGUAUUGUACACAUCCUUAGCUUGUUUUUGUAUUGAUUAGU